AUGGGUCCAAUUCCAUCUAGAUGGAAAGGAAUUUGUAAAUCUGAAGCAAAUUUCAUUGCAACAAUACAUUGUAACAAAAAAAUAAUUGGUGCUCGUUGGUACAUAAAAGGAUUUAUGAAAGAAAAGGGAUUAAGUCAAAGUAUUAUUGAUAAAACAUAUAAUUUAUCAGCAGUAGAUGCAAGUGGACAUGGUUCUACAGCUGCUGGUUCUUAUGUUAAUAAUUUACAAUACUAUGGUCUUAACAUGGGUACAAUAAGAGGAGGAGCAUCACUUGCACGAUUAGCUAUUUAUAAGGUAUGUUGGAAAGAAAUGAUGGGAGUAUAUUGUAGUGGUGCUGAUAUUCUUGCUGGUGUUGAUGAUGCUAUAAAAGAUGGAGUUGAUAUAAUAUCAGCAUCUAUUGUAUCUCAUGGCAUAUCUGUCAUUGCUGCUGGUGGAAAUAGUGGACCUGACUCUAACACUAUUAGUAAUACUUCUCCAUGGGUUAUCACUGUUGCUGCUAAACCAAAUAACCAAGAUCCUAUGAUUAAAUUGGGUCGAUCUGAAAUACUUGAGGGCCAAGAAGUAGUCCUAAAAGUGCCUAAGUUCUCAUCAAGAGGCCCAAAUGCCUUUGCCCCAGACAUUUUGAAGCCCGAUAUUGCAGCUCCUGGUGUAAAUAUACUUGCCGCAGUUCGUCCUAUGAAAGGAGACCAUGGAUUCCAACUCAUGUCAGGAACAUCCAUGGCAGCUCCUCAUGUCUCAGGAAUUGUUGCACUCCUCAAAGUUGCAUAUCCAGAUUGGUCUCCAGCUGCUAUCAAAUCCGCACUCGUUACUACAGCAUGGAAUGAGGACACAUAUAAAUCAGAAAUAUAUUCAGAAGGAGCAGGAGAUAAAAUUGCUGAUCCAUUUGAUUUUGGAGGUGGAAUUUGUAAUCCAAAUGGAGCAACAGAUCCUGGAUUAGUUUAUGAUAUGGACAAAAAUGAUUAUUUGAAUUAUCUUUGUAGUUUAGGAUAUAGUAAUGAUAAGAUGCAAAAUGCAACUACAUGUUAUUCCAAAACUAAAAAUUCAACUUCAUCAGGCAUUAUAUGUCCAAAUAAAGUACCAUCUAGGUUGGAUUUAAAUCUCCCUUCAAUAUCGAUUUCGAAUCUAAAAUAUCCAGUUACUAUCAAAAGAACUGUUACUAAUGUUGGAAACGUCAACGCGAUAUACAAAGUAGUGAUUAAACCUCCAAGAAAUACUAUAAUUCAAGUAAAUCCACAUAUCUUGAAGUUCAAUUCCAAAACAAAGAAAAAUUCAUUUGAAGUCAAAAUCACAUCUACUCACCAAAGAAUGAGUAAAUUUACCUUUGGAAGUUUGGCAUGGAAUGAUGGAAAGCAUUUAGUUAGAAUUCCUAUUGCUGUGAGGAAACAAGUAGAUGUCUAA